AAGAAGAAGAUUUUAGCCUUAUGAUCGAUGUUUGUGUAUUUCAAAAUAAAUGAUAUAUUGGGUAUAAUAUAUAAUUUAUAUAAUAUUGGGCCACCACGAUGAACAGUUGCUGCUUCAUCUGUGUAUUUGCAGUGCUGAUAAACAAAGUGUGUCUGCAGGUCACAGUCGAGGCUGUUAUUGGUGGUUCUGUUGUCCUGCCGUGUUCUUCAACUCAACAUGAUCAUAAACUUCAAGACAUUGAUUUGAGCUGGAGACACAAUGGUAGCAUAAUUGUAGUUGAUAUAAUUCCACACCGUACUUCACCAAUGACACAGGACCCAAAGUACAAGAACAGAACUGAAACUUUCCCUGAAGAGUAUCUAAGAGGAAAUUUCUCCAUCAAACUCAACAAUCUUCAACACACUGAUGCAGGACAAUACAUAUGUUACAUCCUACAUUCAUCUCAAUAUCAGACUGUAGAGCUGAUCAUCAACGACUCUGUAUCCACUGAACAAGGAAACCAAGGAGAAACAGACCAUGAGGGAAUGGGGCCAUCGCUGCCUUUGCUCUUGGUUUGCAUUAUAUUACUUGUGUUACUUAUAUCGGUUAUAGUUUUCAUUGUAGUAUUCUUGAGAAAAAAAGUGCUCAAUCAGCUACGGGGAAGCCACUCGUGAGGUUUUGAGUACACAAUAUGAAUCGGUAAAGGCUGAUAGUCCUGAUGAAACAGUUGGUAAAUGAAGCAACUGUACAGCUUUGCUUUCCUGCAGCAACUGCAUGAGCUUUUGCAUUAAACAUGGAGUCAGAGGAGGAGGUUGGUGCUUUCAUUGUUGCUGCAGCAGCUUCGGAUAGAAAAAUAAAUAAAAAGACGAGUAGACAAAGCAUUUGUUUGAAGAACAGAAAACCACUAGAAUGAAUGAGUGUUUCUGUAUCUUCCUUAUCUGCACACUAUAAGGCCACCUAGCAGUCUAAAGUGACAUGUGAUGUGGUUGUUUGUGGUUUUGGAUUUUAAGUUGCAAGGUGCUCUACUACUUAAAUAUAGCGCGGGAAUCGAAGAUCGGAUUUAUAUCCGUUUUGCGACGACACAUUUAUGUGGCCAAGUGUAGAUGGAAACGUUUUAACAAAUCAGAUAGAUAUCCGAUCAGCGAAAACGCAUGAAAUGACUAGGUGUAAACUGGCCCUAUAUAUUGGGUCCGUGGAUAAACUCUUAA